AUGGAUCUGCUCCAUAGCUGGGGGGUGAGUCUGGCAGUCUAUUUGCAGACAGAGUACAUUGCCUAUGAGAGUUGGUUUCAGCUGAUUUCCUAUAUUGCGGACCUCCACACCACCUUCUUCAUCUUCUUCCCCAUCUGGUUCCACCUGAAAAGGGACGUUGGCAUCAAGCUCAUCUGGGUGGGUGUGGUGGGGGACUGGCUUAACCUGGUGCUGAAAUGGGUUCUUUUUGGAGAAAGGCCUUACUGGUGGGUUCAUGAGACCAGGUUUUAUGGCACUGACUCAGCACCAGCUCUGAGGCAGCUUCCCAUCACGUGCGAGACCGGACCAGGAAGUCCUUCUGGUCAUGCAAUGGGCUCUGCUGCAGUGGCGUAUGCGAUGGUCACGUCAUUGCUAGCCAUUGCUGCUCAGAGAAAACCUCCUGCUUUGCUUUAUUGGCUUUUACAGAUGGUGUUAUGGAUGCUGUUGGGGCUGGUGGAGCUGUUAGUCUGCAUGUCUCGUGUUUAUGUUGCUGCCCACUUCCCCCACCAGGUUGUAUGUGGAGUGAUCUCAGGUAUCAUUGUAGCUGAAAUAUUCUCAAGACAGCAAUGGAUUUAUAACACCAGCCUGCAGAGGUACUUCAACAUCACUCUGUUCCUGACCGUUUUCGCCGUGGGAUUUUAUGUUCUUUUGAAGGCUGUGGGUGUGGAUCUGCUGUGGACUCUGGAAAAAGCUCAGAAAUGGUGCGUGAACCCGGCCUGGGUCCACAUGGACACCACUCCAUUCGCCAGCCUGAUGCGUAACAUGGGCACCUUGUUCGGUCUGGGCCUGGGCCUGCACUCACCGCUCUAUACCGAGAGCAAGAGUAGCCCCAGCGCCCCCUUCAGGAUGGGCUCUAUUGCCCUGUCAUUAGCUCUUCUUCAGCUCCUGGACUUUUUGACCUUCCCAUCAGAUAACCACACAAUCUUUUACAUUCUGUCAUUCGUAAAGAGUGCCGUUGCUCUUUUAGUUCCUACCAUACUCGUUCCUAGAGGUUUGUCCUUGUUUUUACAAGAACAGAAAGUUGAAAAAGCAUCAUAGAUAGCUAUUUCAGAUGUUCACGAUGGUGAGUGAUAAAUGCUCUCAGUCUGAAGGUCAGUACAUUGGAUUAUGUUCAACAAAGCUCAGGUUCUUCUCCAGCAUCAGGCUUCACACUUCCAUGUUUUGCUGAAGAUAUAUACCUCUAGUGCUUGAGAACCAUUCAGCCAAGCCCAUUCUGAAAUCUUCUGACAUCUCAAACCCUUGAUUUUCUGUAAAGAACUUAAAAUUUCAGCUGAAGGUCUUCUGCACCAACUGCUAGAUUUUAAGAAUCUAUUAAUGACCAGUUAUAGAGUGGUUUAUUUCAGUUGAAUCCAUUGUUGCAGUUGUUGGGGAAUCUCCGUCCUGAUCUUCUGAAUGAGUCUGGUCCAUUCACUACAACUGGACUCUUUUCAAAAAACAUGUCCAAAGGUCCUUCUAUCAGCUCUUGUACUCUGAACUACUCGCCGGAGACAGCACUCUAUACGUGUGGGAUCGUACAAUGCCGAGUUACUAAUUGCCGUGCAGGUCGUCCUGGUGAAGACUUCAGAGAUUAUGAAUGUCAUAAAACUUAAAUGAUCUGUGCAUUUAAGAGCAGAAGUAAAUACAGGUGUUCUAAAGAGAAAUCCUGACCGCACCGUUUGGUGAUUUCCCCCACUCUCACACAAUUAAUCAACCUGUUAACCUGUUAAAUAAUAACUAAUGACUUUAAUCAGCUUUGAGCAUUAAAAUCACCAAUCUGUGCUGAAACCCUAACCGAAGCCAUCCUUUAUGCUCGGAUGGAUCUUUUUGCUUUCUGUACUAAUUACAUAUUUUUAUGUUGUAUAUUAAACCGAACCAUUCACAAAAUUCUUUCAUUCAUGUCAUGUAUGCUUGCAAGAGGACACCAUACACACACACACACACACACACA